AUGUCCGUUGGAUUAGGACCUAUGUUGGCCUCAUGGAGAGAAUUAAAACUAAAUCCGAUGCCAGGACACCUGGCUUACCGAAAUGCCAAUGUGAAUAAUAACAAUAACGUCGACGGGGAUAAGGCUCAAAGAGGAAACAGCAGUAAUAGCAGCCCCAGGAGUAACACGUGCAGCGCAGCGAACCGAAGUAACAACAAAAAUGAUGUCAAGGAUGAAGAACACUCACGGGAGUGUACUCCGUACAAAAUUGAGAAAAGGAAAAAAAAAAAUAAUAACUUGGACUCCAUGCAGCAGGUGCUAUUAAAAUUAACGAACGGAAAACUUACAUCAGAACAGCACCAUGUGUACACGGUGGAUGGGUACAGAUUAAAUUUAUAUCGAAUUGUAAGUACCAAUGAGAAGGAGAAGCUGCGAAAAAAGAAAGAAGUGUUUUGUUUAAAUCAUGGGCUUCUGGAGUCAUCCAUUAGUUACAUUUGCAGAGGGUACAACUCUUUAGCUCUACAGCUUUUCGCUAAUGAUUAUGAUGUCUGGAUAAGCAACAACAGGGGAAAUGCCUUCACAAAAUUUGUUGGAAAAAACUACGCCCUGAAAAAGCUAAGGGAAAGGUAUAGCUUGCAGGAUCUUAAGGACAUUGGUCUUGAUGUCAGUGAAGAGAUUGCCACACACGGAAGUAGCAAUGGCACUGGUGACAACGGGAAGGACUACACAGCAAAUGAAGGCAGCCGUGAUGAAGAAACCCUCCCGAAGGCAAGGAGAAUCCUGAACUUACACCAGGGAGGCAAUACCCAUGAUAACGCUGCCGAGAGCCAUGUAAAAAAGAACUGGCAAGGAGCCAAAAGAAGUGAUGACGAGCAUAAAAGUAAGACUAUCGCUACAGCUUGUGGAUCCCUGGGUCCGAUACUCUCUAUAGUAGAUGACCCCCCUGCGGAAGGAAGCAGAUUCCGGAAGAAGACUCUAUCGGAUGGUAACGACAAACCACAGGGACGAACCGAGUGUAGUAGCAGCAGUAAUAGUCAUAAGGACAGCAAGAAUAUAUCCUGCAACAUUGACAAUGCUACCCUUGUGGACAUUCUUAAGGGAACAGGAGGGAGCGAGGGCGCAUAUAGAAAUGAGAACAGUACGACGAUGAGCCGUGGGAAAAAGGGGCAGCAGCAGGACGACCACGAUGAGGACGAUGAUGACUUGAUUGAGGUAAAGGAACCCGAAAUAGUCGACUGGACAUUCGAAGACAUGGGAACGAAGGAUAUCCCCGCAAUUAUAAAGUACAUCAGAAAAAAAACACAGAAGGAAAAAAUUGUCUACGUAGGAUUCUCUCAAGGAAGUGUGCAACUUUUAGUCAGCUGCUGCCUGAACGACUAUGUAAACGACAGCAUUAAAAGGACCUACCUCAUAUCCCUGCCGGUUAUUGCAAAAAACUAUGACGAAUUGUCUAAAGCUAUGAAACACUUUUAUAUUAUGGCUUCGAAUUGGCUGGAGGCAAUUUUCGGUACUAAAAACUUCCUAUCGAUGGUGUUUCCGGAGAAAAUCAGUGUUAGCCUAAUCGGAAUUUUAGGUGAUUUAUACACUGGCAAGUUUCUUAAGUUUUACACCGGUAACGUAGACCAUAAUUAUAAGAAGAUUUACUACAAGCAUACUCCCAGUGGGUCGACGUCGAAGGCGAAUCUAAAAAAAUGGUUGUCAUCAGUCGAUAAUCGACCCGUGUCUGAAGCCAUAGACAAAUAUGCAGGUAAGUGCUGCUUCCCCAUUACCGUCGUCUAUGGCAUGAAGGACUGCGCGGUGGAUGCAGAAAGGUCCAUUGAGUAUAUGAAGAAGAAGUUUACGAAGAACGACCUGAAGAUUAUCACGGAGCCUGAGUGGUCGCACCUGGACUGUUUUCUGACAGACAAGCGGAACAUCGCUCUGUCGUGCAUUCUGGAAGAUAUGAAGUGGGAAGAAGAGAAGGAGAAGAAGCAGAAAGAGAAGAAGCAGGAAGAAAAGAAGCGGGAAGAGUCGUAG